AUGGAGACAGGGCAACUCGUCAUGUACGAUGUCGGCUCCUACUACGCCCACAACGAAAUGGAUUUGGGACAAUGGCGGGCAGACUUUUGCUCACAUCUCCGAUCCAAGAUUUACAUUAGGCAAUACUUGCGCAACUAUCCCGCUGCUGAGCCUGCUGAUGAAUUCGACGACCGGAACAGGCUUUACAGUCUGAAAGGCUCAAUCAACUACUCUGCGGGUCAUCCAGGCUGUAUCAUUCGACGGACAGCGUACAAUAACAUGUGCUAUCUUUGCGAAAAGUACGCACCAAUUGAUGGAAUAGACAAAUAUGAUCCUCAAAAGGAUCCGUCUGUUACUGGAGCUCGUCUCACGCCAACAUUUGCUAAACCAGACCAUCGUUCACAUCAAGACGACUGUUAUCACUAUAAGGGAUCACGAAAAGGUCAAGCGCGCAGCGAUAUCACUGCCAUCAUGUGCGGAAAAGACCAAAAGGGCAUGGAAGCAAACCCUUCCCCGCCUCUGAAUAACCUGCCGAUCGCUACAAUUACCCAGGAUAACCCAAGUGAUCCUCCGUACUCUAUGUUUUCUUCAACAAGAAUGACCUACCUCACGUAUCUCUUAGGCAUGAUCAUGCUUCUCUCAACACUCACAUCUACCAUAUAUGCGCCGCUCAUCCCAAUGCUUACGCGGCAAUUCUCGGUUUCGAUCCAGGCGAUCAACACAACCGUCACAAUAUAUGCAGUCUUUCAAGCCCUGUCACCUGUUUUCUUUUCGUCUCUCGCUGAUUCAUACGGUCGACGUCCCGUUCUACUUGGUCUUAUGGUUCUAUACUCCGGUGCUAGCAUUGGUCUAUCGUUCAACAACAAUAGCUAUACUGUUUUGCUGGCCAUGCGGGCGUUGCAGAGUAUCGGCGGUUCUCCCACGGUCCCGGUAGUGUACGGUAUUGUGGCGGACCUUGUCCCUAGCUCGCAAAGAGGGAAGAUUCUCGGUCCGAGCCUCGCUUCGGCGAAUGCCGUUUGCGCAAUCAGCCCAGUGGUCGGGGGCUUAAUCGCUGAACAGACCACAGGAUCGAUCUGGGUAUUCAUUACUCUGUUAAUUCUAUCACUAGUGCUGCUGGCACUGACUGGAAUGACACUUCCUGAAACUGCGCGGUGUGUCGUUGGCAAUGGAGAGAAACCUGCGCAUGGCAUUUGGCGAACCUGGUGGUCCAUUUUGCAGGAUUCACGACAUAAGACGCUUCGAACUCCAUUGCCAGAAAUUGGGCCAAAAUCAAAGGAGGACAGGCGUCGAAUGGCCAAGUCUUUCAAAGGUUUUCGUAUCCUUCCGGAUCAUAUUGUAUCCUGA